UCUUGAAAGUAUAAAGUUAAAAGAUAGAGCCAAUUUGUACGUCAAAAUCGUCGAGAGUCACAAAAUAUCUUUACAUUGAUAAAUCUAGAAUAAUUUAUAAAUUGUAUCUUAUAAAUAUUAUGAAUGUUUGGUUUGUUUUAUAAAGUUAUUAAAUAGGUUAAUGUUAAAUAGAUAUAUAUAUAUUAAUGUUUCGAUGCACUUAAAGGUUAUGUUAUUAUACACAUAUUUUUAAUAUUUAGUGUUGUAUAAAUUGCUAUUGAUACAAAAAAAUAAGAAUUAUACAAUGUCUUUAUACGAUGAUUUUGAUAAACAUCGAACUUCUGAAAAAGUUGCCGGGUGGUCGUCCGGUAUAAAAUUGUUACAAUCGCAACUUCAAUUAAAAAAAGCUGCUACUACACAGCCAAAACGUGAACAGUAUAGAAAAGCUACUGCUGUAUUAGCACCAGUUAUAGAUUUGAAAUCAAAGACUAGAGAUAUCGAGAAAGAUGAUGAUGGUUUACAUAAUAAUCCACUUACAACAAAUAAUACAGGAAGUAUUGGAAUUGGUAGUGAAUUUGACUGGAAUGUUAUAAAUGAAUAUGAUCCUAUGUGGCCUAAUGAAUAUGAAAAAGUAGUCAAAGAGUUACGUGAUAUUCGAGAUAGAGAACAUGAUCAAGAAACUGAAAUGCGUAAAAGAAGACGUGAUAAUACACGUUUUGAAGAUACUCAAGCAACAGGAAAUAAUACUUUAGUACCUCCGGAAAGAGACGAAGAACGUACUCCAACAUCUAGAGGCAUAGCUGGUGGUGCUGCUAUAGCACCUCCUCCAUCAUUACAAGAGUGUUCUGAUCUACCAGCAUCAUCUCCAUCACCAAGACAGCCUUCUAAUUUAGGUUAUGCUACAUCAUCUGUUGCCGCCAAGAUUAUGGCUAAAUAUGGUUUUAAAGAAGGACAAGGGUUAGGUAAAAAAGAACAAGGCAUGUCUGUAGCAUUACAAGUAGAGAAGACGAGUAAACGAGGUGGCAGAAUUGUUGGAGAAAGAGAACAGCUUAUGCCACCACCACCUCCAGUUUCAAUGUCUCCGCCACCUCUACAACAGCAGACAUCACAACCACAACCUUUGCAAGAAGAACCAAGUAUUACAGAAAUCAUGAAAUCACCAAGCAAAGUUGUACUAUUACGUAAUAUGGUUGGACCAGGAGAAGUAGAUGAUGAUCUAGAGCCAGAAGUGAAAGAUGAAUGUAAUACAAAAUAUGGUGAUGUAGCACGUGUAAUUAUUCAUGAAGUUAUUGAAGCAACUCCAGAGGAUGCAGUUCGUAUUUUUGUAGAAUUUAAAAGAAUAGAAAGUGCUAUUAAGGCUGUCGUUGAUUUAAAUGGACGAUUCUUUGGGGGUAGACAAGUUAAAGCAGGUUUUUAUUCUAGUGAAAAAUUAGACAGUUUGCAAUUAAUGGAUUAAUGAUAAAAAUAUUGAAUAUAGAAAUUAUACUAAUAUAUACCAUAUUAACUCUUUCUUGUCGAACUGAACGUACUUCGCUUGUACGAACGAAAAUAAUUACGACUAACGGUAUAAUCAUGCCUACAAUUAUUACGACGGGAAGGAGUUAAUAUCUAGUUGAGUCCUAUUUGUUUAAUUGCUUUUGUUUACAUAUUUUGAAGAAAAAAAAAAUAUAAAAAUCAUAAAAAUGAAUUUCAAUAUAUAUAUGAUAUAUAUACGAUAUAUAUAUAUUACAAAAAAACGUUUGAUUUUUUUUAGUAAAACAGUAAGACUCGGUAUAUACUUCAUUAUUUUAACUUUUAAAAUUAAUUCUUAUUAGAUUGUAAGACUUGUUUUCAUUCCUGCAUUGAAUAUUCUGCAUAUAGUUUUUCUGAUAACAAUUUUUUAUUAUAC